GUCUUUCACAGCAUAAAUAUGUGGUUCUGUAAGAUUGGGGGAUUCGGGGUUUUAUUGGUGAUAGUUUUGUUGGCAACUGGAGAAGCCAGAAAACCGCGAGGGGUCAAAGAAACAUUUUCGCUAUCUAAGAAAAGUCCUUCAUCCGAUAAUGAUUGGUGGAAAACGGCAAUUUUCUACCAGAUCUACCCGCGAUCGUUCAAGGAUAGCAACGGUGAUGGGAUCGGCGAUCUUAGAGGGAUAAUCGAGAAGCUGCCUUACUUGAAGGACCUUGGAAUCCAAGGCUUUUGGAUGUCACCAAUUUUUAAAUCUCCAAUGGCAGAUUUCGGAUACGACAUCUCCGACUAUUACGACAUCCAACCGGAGUAUGGUACGUUAGCUGAUUUCGAUGAUUUAGUAGCCGAAGCCAAACGUCUUGGCCUGAAAGUGAUUCUGGACUUUGUACCAAAUCAUUCGAGUGAUGAAAACGAGUGGUUCAAAAAAUCGGAAAACCGUGAGAAGGGUUUUGAAGACUUCUACGUGUGGCAUCCGGGUAAGUCGAACAAAGACGACCCGACCAAACCGUUGCCACCAAGCAAUUGGGUGAGUCUGUUCCGUGGAAGUGCCUGGCAAUGGAGCGACAAGCGAAACGAGUUCUAUCUGCAUCAAUUCUCCAAGAAACAACCGGAUCUAAACUAUCGUAAUCCCAAGGUGGUGGAGCAAAUGAAAAAUGUAAUGCGCUUCUGGUUGGAUCGCGGCGUCGAUGGCUAUCGAAUCGAUGCUGUACCAACGUUGUUCGAAAUCGAACAGGAUGAGCAGGUGAAUUAUCUGGACGAACCGCUCAGUGGAAACACCAACGAUCCGGAUGACCCCGGUUACACAAUCCACAUCUACACGCAAGAUCGCAACGAAACGCUGGACAUGGUGUACCAAUGGCGGGCGGUUUUGGAUGAAUUUCAGCGGGAAAAUGGAGGCGAUCAGAAAAUUAUGAUGACCGAAUCCUACUCUGCUAUAGACACCGUAAUGAAGUAUUACGGCAAUGGAACUGUUGCCGGUUCGCAUAUUCCGUUCAAUUUUCGGUUUAUCACCGAUCUGGGCAAAGAUCUCACUUCUAAGGAUAUUCAAAAUACGAUCAACUAUUGGAUGGAUCACAUGCCUUCUAGGGAAGGAGUGGUGGCCAAUUGGGUUAUGGGCAAUCACGACCAACAUAGGGUGGCCAGCAGAUUCGGCGAGAACAGGAUAGACAUGAUGAAUAUGAUCCUGCUGUCGCUGCCAGGAGUUGCCAUCAGUUACAAUGGUGAAGAAAUCGGCAUGACCGACGUGUGGAUCUCGUACAACGACACCGUCGAUCCGGCAGCAUGCAACGCCGGCCCGGAUCGUUACCAGUACACGACCCGCGACCCGGAACGUACUCCCUUCCAGUGGGAUGGUAGCCGCCAUGCCGGAUUUUCAACUGCCAACAAAACGUGGCUUCCGGUGUCCCCAACCUAUAAGGACGUGAACGUGGAAGUUCAAACGACAACCACGAGCAACAGUCACCUGAAGGUGUACAAGGGGCUAACAAAGGCUCGCCAAUGGUUCCCCUCGAUGAUGAAUGGCACCUUGAAGACGACCGUCCAUGGAGACGUUCUGGCUAUUUUCCGGGAGCUAAAGGGUUUCGAUACCGUCGUCACGCUGGUCAACAAUGGUGCCACCCAGCAGGUGCUGGACAUUUCCCACAUGGGCUACAAACCACUUCAAGGUUUUGGCCAGUAUCACGUCGUUUCGGUCAACUCGAUACACCACGAUAACGAACCUGUGCCGGUCAACAGGGUAGUGUUGGAUCCGUUCGAAUCGGUUGUGAUUAGUUCUUCGGCAGAUCACCCGGAGCGUUUGGUUUAUCAACAGUACGAGGCACGAGUUCAGUGCAAUUAAACAACAUUCAUAGAUAAACUUUUGACAACUUAGAGAGGAACAGAAAACAAUAAAAUUCCAUAAAACUGAA